AUGUCCAGCGUCAUGAUAUACGAUCGCUUGUUAGAGCAAUUGUGCUCCACGCACCCUCGCAUCUGGGAACCCAGUCCUGAGGAGUUCGCUCAGAUCCGCGACCCUGAGGUCUUUGCGUAUGACCCCUUGGCGAAGCCUGUGGGUAAUGGCAUGUUCAGUGUCCAAUUCCAGCCCAGGCCACCCGCAAGCCCUUCGGACCACGCCCAAUCCAGCCCCAACAACAGCAACAGCAACCUCAGCGCAGACGCCGAACCCUUCAUCCCCACCCCCGAGAGCCAGGCCAUGGUCGAAAGCCUCUCCCCCACCGAAGAAAACCCCUUCCUGCACCUCACACCCCCAGGCUACGGUCCCACCCGCAACGCCCCAACCAACGCCUGGGUAGAAGUCUACAUCGACCCCUACCACUUCCGGCUGGGCGCCGGCCAACUCACCACCGUGCCGGCCCUCACAACAGUCCUCAUCCCGGAAAUCGAUCAUACCCGCAAGGGCCUAGCCAUCGAGCAAAAGCUCACUAUCAACGAGUACGCAAUCAAGGCCGAUGUCGAACGCAUCCUGCGCAAACAUCACAUCGACUGCCCGAGUAAAGCCGUCAAGCUCUGCGCCCGCCAGUCCUUCCAUCUAGGCGAGAACCGCCCCAUCCCGACGGUGUUUAUCAGAUAUCACGAAGAGCGUACGAAGUGGGAUGAUAUCUUGGCCGCGCUCUUAGAGAUCAAGAAGAUGAUGUGGAAAACGCGCAAGAUGCCCGAGGUUGCUGUUGAGAUUGUGGAUGAUGUCUUCGAUCACUGGCUUGAGGGCGCCAAGCGGAAUGCGAUUAAGCUUGAUGAGCGCUUGUGGAUUACGGACAACCACUCCCUUGUUGUUGGGCGCGACCAGGAGGAUGUGCUUGAGCUGUUUUACCCUGAGGGGGCGGAGAGUCGGAGGGCCGUUUUUGAGAUGAUUGGGGGGCGGCCUCCGCUCGGUUGUAGAUAA